AUGGAGCCAAACAGCACACACGAUGCCUAUGGGCUCACUAACAGACAGGGCAGAGAUCAUCAGUUGGGUCUUUCACAAGUUGAAGACAGUUGUAACGAACUGGAUAGCAAGGAAAUGCAGGCAGUGGAUAGGAAUUGUGAUAGUACCAUGCCUGUCAUCAUUUGCCACAGUGCUGCCAUACAACCGGAGCCUGGAAGAAAACACGUGGAAACAGAGGUGAUGGAGAACACUUGUGAUGAUGAAGAUGGCGGUUGCUUUCUGAUCGUGUUGCUGAUGGCCGGCUACAGCAAGGGCAUCGCUAUUGUGUUCGUGGAAUACAUUGAAGUAUUUGACGCACCUGCGUCAAAAACCACUCUCUUAUUUUGGGUUAUAACAGGCACAUACAGCAUUGCAUCUGUGCUUACAAUGCACAUCCUUCUUGGAGCAAUAGGUAUCAGGAAGACUGUCAUGUUGGGGGUAAUGCUGAAUGUCAUUGCAAUGGUCACAGCCAUAUUUGCAAAAAGUAUCACCUAUCUUAUCUGCACCCACAGUCUUCUGAUGGGUGCGAGCAGUGCAAUGGUACAACCUCCAUGCUUUGUGAUCCUGGGACACUACUUCAAGAAAAGACGUGGCUUGGCAACAACGAUGUCAGUAUCUGGAGUCAGCCUUGGGGGGAUUAUCUUUCCUCGCCUUAUUCGAUUCCUCGUGGAUGAAUACUCCAUUAGAGGAGCCAUGCUUAUUCUCACUGGGCUCAGCAUGAAUAUGUGGAUUGGGGCCCUGCUUCUAAGACCCCUGGAAUCCUUUCAAACAACCAAGAAGAUUGCGUCACUUGAAGAUGAAACAGAAAAGGAACCAGCAGCAAAGAAAUGUAUUGUCCGGCUUGAUGAGAAGAGAAAAGCUCUAAGGACUCAAACUGCAUCAACUGCCUAA